AUGGAUGUGUUGACAUCGAUUGAUCCGACGGCGUCGCAGCCUUCGUCGACGGAUCCUUUUCAUCCGUCGUUUUUCGAGCUGGCGGCCCAGGCGCAACUGCAGGACCUGAUCAAGCCUGCGGUUCGGUAUGUGCUUGCCGUACUUGCGCAGCGCAGUCCGCGCUACCUGCUGCGGGUGGUCAACUCGUUCGACGAGCUGUAUGCGUUGCUUAUGGGCGGGAUCGAGUUGCACUAUCUGCGCGUGUGGGGCAGUUCGUUUGCCGAAAACUUCUACGGCUUGCGAAGACGAAGACGUCCAGGUCUCAGUCGAGGCAGUGCUGGGGUGGGCGCAACAUCGGUAUCUGUGGCGAAUGCAGAGAGGUUGCGCAAGUCCGAGAUUCGUCUUAGCUUGUUGUUCCUCGUCGGUCUUCCCUACAUCGGCGCCAAACUGGAGGAUGUUUGGGAGAGGAAUGGAGGGGGACUUACCAAUACCGCUCUGUUUGACGACCAACCGAGCGGAGCCCGGUUUAACGAGGCACCUGCUUCGAUUCGAGAGAGGAUCAAGACGGCGGUGAUGGAGACGUUCAAGACGACGUAUCCGUACGCAAAGACGGCGUGGCAGUUGUGGUUGCUCACGUACAACGUGCGGUAUUUGUUCGACAAGACCCCCUACUGGCGUCCAUGGUUCUCGCUCAUGCGAAUCGACGUCCGACGAGUCGGGCCCAACGAUGGUCCUCGCAAACCGCUCGUACCCCGGAAGUUUCCCAGCCUCAUUCGUCAACCGGCCCGCUUCUUUGCCAUGGUCUUGCGUCUCGCUCCGGGCGUCGGCUUCGAGGCGCUCAAAUACGGCCUGCCCGCAAGCAUCUUCUUCUUCAAGUUCCUCGAGUGGUGGUAUGGUGCCGACAACCCACGCCGGCGUCGCAACACACCCUCGUCCAAUGAAGAAGGCUCCACACAGUCGCUCGAUCCCCCUGCACCCCUGCUUCCCGAUCUCAAAGGGUUGCUGGCAACAGAGGCUGAGCAGGAGUACAAGCUGCCACACAUCUACACGCUCUCAGGCAAACUCCUCGACGAGGUUGAAAAUGGAGGCGAUGCAAAGCCGAGGAUGACGAAAGGAGGGAGGAAGCUCAUCCACAACUCGUGCCCGCUCUGCGGGGCUAUGCCGAUCAACAAUCCGGCGGUGCUCCCCUCGGGCUACGUCUUCUGCUACACGUGCGCGUUCAACUACGUCCAAACCCACGCGCGCUGUCCUCUCACCUCGAUCUCGAUCCCGGACCGAACCGAUGCUCUGCGCAAAGUGCUCGGCUAA